GAAGUUUCAGCUAUUUCAGCUGAUUAUAGUGAUCUAUGCUACGAACAUAUCUACAAUAUUUUUCAUUUCAAUUACUAAUUGUGUUUAGAGGGAGGUGUUUACUAGCGAUACUCGCGCGCGGUAUUCGGUUAUAGCAUUUGGUUAAGGGCGGACGUGGGUAAAAACAACAAAUAUGAGUUCCCGCUUCCAAGUAGUUGAGCAAGGUCCGCCGAUCGAAGUUUUUCAGCUUAUGAAGUUGUAUUCUGAGGACACCUUUCAGAAUAAGGUCAAUUUAAGUGUCGGCGCAUACAGGGAUGAGUUCGGGAAGCCAUGGGUUUUGCCAGUGGUUAGGAAAAUGGAAAAACAAAUGGCCGAAGACAACACAUUACUCCAUGAAUACCUGCCAGUACUUGGUAUGGAAAAUUUCUCGAACGCCUCCGUGGCGAUGCUGAUAGGAGCUGACCACCCCGCCAUUGCCGCAGGACGUGCAUUCGGCGUGCAAACCCUGUCUGGCACGGGCAGUUUGCGAGUCGGCGCGGAGUUCCUGAACAAACAUCUCAAAUACAACACUUUCUACUACUCCACUCCUACGUGGGAAAAUCAUCACUUAGUUUUCGUAAAUUCCGGCUUCACCUCCGCCCGCACCUACCGCUACUGGAAUCCGAAGACGCGCGGGAUCGACUUCGACGGCCUUAUCGAGGACCUUCGGGCGGCUCCGGAGAACUCCGUCGUACUGCUGCACGCGUGCGCGCACAACCCCACCGGCAUUGAUCCUACGCACGAACAGUGGGAGAAGAUCGCUGAUAUCAUGGAGGAGCGGAAGUUGUUCCCGUUCUUCGACAGCGCGUACCAGGGCUUCGCGUCCGGCGACCUCGAGCGGGACGCGUGGGCCGUGCGCCACUUCCUGCGGCGCGGCUUCGAGCUCGUCUGCGCGCAGUCCUACGCCAAGAACUUCGGCCUCUACAACGAGCGUGUGGGCAACCUAGCAAUAGUGGUGAAGGAUGCGAAGUAUGUGCCGGCGAUCAAGUCGCAGCUGACGUGGGUGGUGCGCGGCAUGUACUCCAACCCGCCCGCGCACGGCGCCCGCGUCGUCGCCCGCGUGCUGGCUGACAACCAGCUGUUUGACGAGUGGAGGUCGCACAUCAAGGCGAUGUCCGCGCGAGUCAUAGACAUGAGAGAAGCUUUGAGAGCGGAACUUGUCAAACUCGGCACCCCUGGCACAUGGGAGCACAUAGUGAAACAAAUAGGUCUGUUCUCAUACACGGGCCUGAACCAGCGGCAAGUGGAGUACCUCGUCCAGGAGUACCACAUCUACCUGCUCAGCUCGGGUCGCAUCAACAUCUGCGGACUAAACCCAGGCAACGUUCAAUAUGUGGCCAACGCGAUCCACGAUGCGGUCACCAAAUUCCCGGCUGAAGAAUGUCCCUGUUGAGAAACAGAAUUAAGUCGACAACCGUGCAAAGUUAUAAUGGCUGUACGUGUCGGUGAUACAACGUGCUUGACUCGGGUAUUAUGAAGCAAUCGUGUAUUAUUUAUUGCAAAUAUAGUUGUUUUUAUACAUUGUCGGUUGUUAUGUUUAUGUUUAAUAAAAAUAUUUGAAUAUUAAAA